AGAACCUCGAAACGAGCCACGGAGUGACGACACACCAAGUCCGCUACGUAUACUUAGUGGUGCUUCGGUGAUCAUAAUUUCUCCUUUCUUUAUCGCCUCCGGGCACGCGCGCAUCCACAAACUCUAUCCCCUAUAAAAGUACCGGUUGGUGACACUAGUUCAACUAUUUAUCGGCGAUUCCUGCGAGGUGACGGUUCGUUUAGUGAUCAGUAUUGAGUGCGCUUUUUUCGAUUGAACAGUUUCAUCCGCUCGAGUGAACAUGGUUGAAAACUUCAAGUACAAAGUGUUGCUAUUCACGGUUGUAUCGUUGUGUGGCUUUGCGGGUUUGGUGGAUUCGCAAAUUCCAGGAUUGGGAGGAUGUCCGGAUUACGUCCCGAUUACCAAGUUCGAUAGGAAUAGAUUUCUCGGGACGUGGUAUGAAGUGGAACGAUAUUUUACCGUGAGUGAAGUGGCUGCAAAGUGCGUUUCGGCGACCUACGAGUUGAUGCCGGAUGGAAAAGUCUAUGUGCGCAAUGCACUUGUCAACCGAUUCAACAACGUCGAACGUAUCAUUUCCGGCGUUAUGCAACCGGCGGGAAAGUCUAAAAUCGGCCAAUACGACGUCCUUUACCAGUCGUUCCCAUACAACUACAACGCGUCGUUCAUGGUCCUGGAUACCGACUACGACAAUUUUGCGGUGAUCUACUCUUGCAGCACCAUCGGCCCCGUCGGUCAUACAGUUUCCGCCUGGGUACUGGCCCGUGAACGUCUCCCUCCCGGCCCAACUCUUCAGCGAGCGUACGGAGUGCUCGACAAAUACCGCAUCAAUCGCACGUUCUUCGUCAAAACCAUCCAGGAAGACUGCGUUGUGAGACCACCGCCUCAGCCGGCCAUCGAUCCGACCGAACCCAGCGUUUCCCGUAAUCGGAACCACGCCCCCAGCGAUCAGAUUGAGACUGAAGAACAACUCAUCCAGUUGAGGAAAGAUCUGUUUGCCGUUCCGAGUCUGAACUACCAAGACAUACAAAUUGAACCGGUGGACAACGACGACAAUGAAUGAAACCGCCGCCGCAUCAGACGAAUAAUUUAUUUUCAAAAUUAAAAGAACUGUAUUUGAA